AUGGGUCACGGUGGAAUGGGUUGUGGAAUGAAGACAAUGCGUUUUGUGAUUGUAGUGUUCAAUUUGGUCUUUUUUUUAAUUGGCCUUGCAUUAUUAGCACUUGGAAUUUAUGUUAUGGUUGAUCCAUCACUUAAAAAAAUAAAAGAAAUUGUACCAAUUAAUUCUAAUCCUGGCGUUGACAAAGGUUUAUCAUAUCUUGAAGUUAUGGCCAUUGUUAUUAUUAUUCUUGGUUCUAUUCUUUUAAUUGUUGGAUUUCUUGGAUGUUGUGGUGCCAUGAAACAAGUGAAGAUAUUUUUAAUAAUUUAUGCUAUUAUUAUUGGUAUAAUAAUACUUUUUGAAAUAGCUAUAACAAUUUAUUUUGUUGCUUUUAAAUCUAAAUUUCGAGAAACUAUUACACCAAAAUUAAAAGAUGCAGUUCGAAAUACAUAUGAAGGUCCAUUUGGAUUACAAGCUGGUAGUAAACUACGAAAACCAUCAGCAAUAUCAGUAGCUUGGGAUUUUAUUAUGUAUAAUUUUAAAUGUUGUGGUGUUGAUAACAAAUUUGAUUUUAAUAACACAAAAGAAUGGAAUAAAACAAAUCCAUGGUGGAAUUCAACUAUGGGAAACGAUUUUGAAAAGUUUCAGUAUCCAAUAACAUGUUGUAAUAUUGGUAAUGCUUUUACAGAAGAUUGGAAUAAUUUACCUUAUGACAAAUUAGAAACAGUUGCUGUUUGUGCUGUCAAUGGAACUAAUAUAUAUGAAGAAGGAUGUUAUGAUAAGUUUAUGAGUUUAAUUGAUACUGCUAAAACAUGGAUUAUUGUAGGUGCUGUUAUUAUUCUUGUCAUUGAAUUAAUUGCAUUCAUUGUUGCUUUGGCUUUAUGUUGUCAACUUAUUAUUUGGAAACUAAAACCAAAACACUUCGUACACAUAGGUUCCCGAUUUGAACAAAAUUGUGAAAUAAAUAGACCAUUGACAAGUGAUGAAUAUAUUUCAUGGAUAUUAUAUAAUCAUGAUGGUCAAAUGAAUGUGAUUAAUGCAGCUAAUUUAAUUAUAGAUUCUUUUGUAAUAAAUAAUGAAGGUAUUGCUAUUUGUCAAAUAACAGAUAAAGAUGGAAUAAUUAUUGAUGAAAAAUAUUUUUUUAUAACUAGUGAUCCUACUGAACUAAUUGAUUAUCGUUUUGAAGGUUAUGAUCAAACAGUUAUUGAUACUGAUAUUGAUCAUACAGAAAAAAAUUGUGGUCCGGAUGAAAAUAUAGCUUAUACAAAAGAAGAUAUAGCUGAUUUUCAUAUUGAUUUUGUUCAACAUUAUGAACGUAUACGACAACAUUCAAAUCAUAUACAAUUUCAAAAUGUUAAACAUGAAAAUGAAGGUUAUUAUGAAUGUGUAGUUCGAUUACAUAAUGGUCUUGUUGGUGUCCGAGUAUUUUUUCUUAGUGUUGGUGGUGGUCCACGUGAAAUAUCCAAUCGAGAAAAACAUAUUUAUUCUGAAAUAAAUGAUACAAUAACAUUACUUUGUCCAAUAUUUUCUGCAUUACCAGUUUGGUUUACAUUUCUUGUACCGAAUAAUUCUCUAGAAGAUAUUUCAUCAUUAACUGGUUAUGAUUAUUUACGAAUUAAACAUGUUUCUAAUAUUCAUUCUGGAAAUUAUACUUGUCGUGUAACAACUAAUGAUGAUAAUGAAGGUUAUUCAUUAACAUCUAAUUUAUAUCUUGAUGUUUAUAAACCUUAUAAAAGUGAAUAUGUAUUUUUAUUGAUUAAAAAAGAUAUUGAAAAUCUUAUACGUUGUUCAUUAAAUGGAAAUCCAAUGCCUAAUUAUCAAUGGUUAUUAGGAGAUAUUAAAGUAUUGACAAAUGAAGAAAUACUUUCUGAUAAAGUUGAUUAUAUAAUCAUACCGAAUGAAAAUGAUUCAUUUGAAUCAAAUCGUACAGUGACAUGUAUAGCGAAAAAUAAUCGAGGUAUUAAACGACAAGUUUUUAUUCUGCAAUUUAUUAAUUAG